UGUCAGUGACUUAAAUCAGCUGAUGCCGCCUCGUGCUUACGAUCAGCUGAUUGGUCAUCAUGGACGGAUUGACGGAUGAGGAUUAUGUUCCGGCGCCAAUUAAAUACGAGUAUUUGGAUCACACAGCAGAUGUUCAGAUCCAUGCUUGGGGAGAAACAAUGCAAGAGGCCUUUGAGCAAUCUGGAGUAGCAAUGUUCGAUUACAUGACUGAACUGGACUCCGUCGAAAUUCUUACAACCCAUGACAUCGAAGCAGAAGGUGACGACAUCCAGGGACUGCUCUACCAUUUCCUCGAUGAAUUACUCUUCAUGUUCUGUGCAGAGCCCUUUCUAGUCGCUAAGAAAAUAAAAAUAAUCGAAUUCGACCUAGAAAAUUUCAAACUGAAAGCAACAGCAUAUGGAGAAGAAUUCAUGCUUGGUAAACAUCCUCAAGGGGCGGAAAUAAAGGCCAUAACGUAUUCAGCAAUGCAAGUUCUAGAUCGUCCAGAAGUCCCUCGACCUGAAAUAUUUGUCAUCGUCGAUAUUUGAUGAAUAAUUCCCACGACUAGAUUAAUGUUUUCACCCCUUAUGACAGCAUCUGCACCUUCGACUGCUCCACGGAAUUUCUCUGCGAACACAUUUUUCCUCUCUCCUGGUUUCCCAAGAUUUUUGGGAGAAUAAAAGCGGUUUAAAAAUUAGAAAGGUGGGGAAGAGUCUCGGAAUUCAGCGUUUAGCCGCUUGAAGUUACUUUUCAAAUAAAUACGUUACGACUUUACCUAAACACCGGGCCCAAACUCUCCCCCUCUGUCCCAUUAUACAUUUAUCCCCUCUGCAAUUUCUCGAUAAUCCGGCCCACUAACUCCUCAGGGAUGUGCCGAGUUAUGACCUCACCUAAAAUAAAAAUAAUUUUUUAUCAUUCGAGCGCUACUCUGUACAUUGAUAUUUGGAAUUAAAAAAGACGCAUCUUGUUUCUUUCUCAUGUAAACAUUUGUCGUUUUUUUUCUUUUAUUUGAAUUAUUUGAUUUAAAUGAGAAAAUCUUUUGUAUUAAUUAUCCGAUUCGUGGUCAACAAUAAUUUUUUAUGAUUAAACCUCAAGUUGCAUGAAUAAUAAUAAUGCAUCUAUUGGUAGAUCGAUAGAAAAUAAUCGACAAUACUACUGAAUUUGCGAUCUACUCUUUGAUUGUUGGAGCGAGGGUGAUGUUAUUAAUUCGGUUCUUUUAUUAUUGUAAUAACUUAUUCAAUUGUUGCACUAAGAGGGUCACUCUUGAUCAUGAUCAAUUUUGCUGCUGCACGAAUUACAGUAAAAAAAUUAUGAUAGAGAUAGUUUAAUGGAUUCAUUUCGAUUUAUGCCUCAUUAAAAAUAUAUUAGAAAUAUAUAUAAUAUCCACCAAUUGAAGAUAUUUUAAAAAUGCAUUCUUAAAAACAUAAAUACAUUCGUGGGAGGCUGAAUGGGAAUAGUUUUCUUCUCAUAUUGAAACGCUAAAAUAUUUUCGAGUCAACGAACCAUUGGAUUUUUCAGUUUUUUAAUAAAUCCAUUCAAAAAAUAUAUUAUAUGUUUAAUAUAAAUUGUUAACAACUAUUUUCUUGUGCUGUAUGUAAUUAUUAUUUUA